UCGGUCGACGCCCCUCUUUUGCGCUCCGCUGUGCCAACACACGUUUAUUCUUUCUUUUCUUUUAACAAACUUUUCAAAAAGUCAUCGUUGCUGAUAACAUCGCGUAUUUAAGAGAGCGUCGGGACUUGAAUGUCACAAAUUGAAAACAUGAGUGUCAUCCCGGAGAGCGAAGUUCCCGUGCAGAAGAAGAGCUUGCAUGUUCCGCAGCUGUCGGAAAUCACAGAUGUGCUCCAAAGUGGGUUGCCUUCUUAUUUUUCCGAGGUCCAAGUUAGGACGGUCGACUGCCCUGAUUUGACUCAGGAACCUUUCACCCUGGCAUGCGAAGGUUUAGGAGGAAAUGCCCGCUUGUUAGAUGUUGGUGGUCCCCCGUACCUGCUGCCGUUGGUCCAGAGGCAGAAACUCUACGACAUGAGCUACUUUGGCUCAUUGUCUGAAAUGCCCGGACGGUCCUUCAUAAUCGGAGCCGGCGCAGGUCCUUGGCCUUACUACAAUACAAAUUGCGAGAUGAUUGCUAAUCUGCUUGUCGAGUCAAAAGUGCCCACUGUCAAUCAGACCUGGACGGCCAGGGUGAGCACUGUUGAUGGCAGCUGCAUUGCAGCUCAAGUGCCAGCAAAUGAGUCGCGAAACGCUCUGCUGGGCAACUUUUACUGCUCUGAAGGUCUGCCUGGACAGGUGAUUGAAAUUGAAUGCAAAAACAGAAUUGGCGUUGAUGACUUCAUUGCAAGCAUCAGGAACGUUCUCAAAAAUAAAUAUGGAAAUCUUCCAGUUGGAAUGGGAGGUGUUUUUGUAAUGAAGGCUGGAAUGGCAAGACAGCACGUAAUGCCAGACUUUUCCACGGUUCCUCUCGAAACUGACGAUGAACUAAACAAUUGGUUGCGUUUUUAUGAAAUGUCUGCUCCACUUGUUGCUCUUGGCACGUUAAUUUCGACUGAUCCAAACAUGGAUCUGCGCGUCCAGCACUUCCACAGUUUCAGCAACCACGGUGAGGCUGGACACUAUCACAAUGACACGCAGCCAGAAAAUGCCCAUUACCUGGCAUACUUAGGGGUUGCCGAUUACAUCUACCGUUUGGACAGACCGCUGGUCACCCAUCAAGUUGGCAGGGAUUGAUCAAAAUAUCCUAGCUCAUUGAUUGUGCCUUUGCAAUAAUUAUAAUUAUGUUUAACUUUUUAUUUUGAAGAUUAUAUUUUUGUAUGCAUAAAAUACUAUAGAGAAUAUUUUGUGAUUUUUUUUUAUUUUUUAAUCUGGAAUUCAAUAAAAAUUAAAAUUAAAUAUAUUCACUACUGGA